AUGGAUGUGGACUUCGACGGCCAGGUCAUUCAGGGGUCGGUCGAAUACACCGUGGAGAUCAUGGCGGACGGCGCUACGGCCUUCAUCCUGGACACGAGCAUAAUCACGGUCGGGACGGUACUAGUGGACGGCGAGCGCGCCCGCUGGGUGCAGCACCGGCGUCACAGCAUUUACGGGUCCGCCUUGGACAUCCGCCUGCCGGGAGCGGAGUCGGGUGCGCCGCCGUACACCAAAGGACAACUUUUGCAGGUCAAGAUCAGCUUCUGCACCUCCCCCCGCAGCACCGCUAUCCAAUGGCUUCCGCCCGAGCAGACCCACGGCGGCAAGCGGCCCUAUCUAUUCACCCAGGGACAGGCUAUCCACUCUCGCAGUCUCUUGCCGUGCCAAGACUGUCCCUCCGUAAAGAUCACGUACGAGGCGAAGGUGACAGUCCCGGCGUGGGCGACGUGCCUAAUGAGCGCGCUCGAGUCUGCCCAGCCCCAAGCAGCGGGUCCCGGGAAGAGGACUUUCUCGUGGAAACAGAGCGUGCCUAUGCCCUCGUACCUCAUCGCCGUCGCCGUGGGAGAGCUCGAGAGCCGCGAGAUCAGCCCGAGGUGCUGCAUCUGGUCCGAGCCGGGAGUGGUGGACAAGGCGGCGUUCGACUUCUCGCAGACGGAAGAGUUUCUGACCGCGGCGGAAGGCUUGGCAGGCCCGUACGAGUGGGGGCGCUACGACGUGCUCUGCCUGCCUCCGUCCUUCCCGUACGGUGGUAUGGAGAACCCUUGCCUGACGUUCGUCACCCCUACGCUGCUGUCCGGGGACAAGUCUUUGGCCUUCGUGAUCGCCCACGAGAUUAGUCACAGCUGGACGGGGAAUCUCGUCACCAACAGGACUUGGGAGCACUUCUGGCUGAAUGAGGGGUGGACGAUGUGGCUGGAACGCAACAUCAUGACUCAGGUUACUGGAGACGCUGACUACUACGACUUCGACGCGAUGCAGGGCUACCACAGCCUCGCAGACAGCGUGUCGCUGUUUGAGGGCACCGGCGCCCUGGCCCUGACGAAGCUUGUCCCGGAUCUUGACGGGGUGGACCCGGACGAUGCCUUCAGCUCGGUACCGUACGAGAAGGGCUUCGCGUUGCUCAACGAGCUCCAGAGGAGGGUGGGAGUCAAGGAAUUCCACGCCUUCGCAAAGGAAUACAUCAAGGAGUUCAGGCGGAGUACUGUGGACUCGGACGAGUUCAAGGCAUUCUUUCUAGGAAAGUUCCAGGACAAAACAAGCCAGCUUGAUGGCUUCGACUGGGACGCUUGGUUCUACGACGCGGGCAUGCCGGCGGUAACGCCAACGUUCAACAAAACCCUGUCCGAGGAAAGCGAAGGCCUGGCGGACGUCUGGGCGAAGGCGGCGCAAACCGGGGAGUCAGAGCUGGCUAAUCCGGAGGCGGCCAAGUUCGAGGCGUGGACCUCGCCGCAGAAGGUGUUUACCGCACAAGAGGCGGAGAGAUCGCGCGCCCGCCUUGCCGAUUUUCAAAUCUAGAUUGCUGCAACACCAAAAUGGUGGUUUUGAAAAACAUCUUGUCGGGAGGCUUGCCGGGGGUUCUGUCUGCACCGGAUGGUUGUGGAACACUCCAGCGUUUUUUAUACUCGGUCUAAGGAGGGGGGCAUCUGUCCGUCAUUUGGGGUGCGGGACAUCCUCCCCGUCCCGCUCGUCUGCUGGCGGGAUCUUCCUCACGCGGAAGUGCCCCGCUUGUCGAGUGCUCUCCCGUCAGCGCUCGUGACACUGUACCGCGCCUAAUGGUGCUUUCGGACAGCGCCGCGUGGCAGGCCGUAGCUUUUGGUG